AUGCGCUCCACUCUAACAUGGCUCGUCGUCCCCAUCUGCGUUGUGAUCCUUGGAGUAUACGCCAUAGCUAGCAAGCGACACAAAUAUCUUUACCCAUUCUUGAUAAUUACGAUCGUGCAGCAGUUGGUGUGUAUGCUGAUGGCAACAAUUGUAUUGCUUUUUUCACUCGUUUCUUUUGACACUAUGCGACAAAUUAUUGGGCAUUCGCUUGACUUGGCAGCUCCACCAUCCAAAAGCUUUUCCCUGGCGAUAAUCGGAGGAACCGUAGCUGUUUGCUUGCUGUUGUCAUUUGUUUAUGUUUGGCAAGCUGUCAUCAUCUACAGGUGA